ACCUCGCAUUUGCAAUGAGCCUCUCACUCCUCACACUCGAUCCCUUGAUUGGUUCCACCUCUCUCAGGGCCAGCGAAAUACACCGCAGGCCUCCUAUUCCUCGCCGGGGCAUUGUCCUUUGCUCUGCGAAGCCCCUGGUGUCCGCUCCCAGCGCGGCUGAUUCUUCUUCCAUUGUUGAUGGGCUGAGUCGAAUCGGGUCCCUCAGUCAGGUAUCCGGUGUUUUGGGUAGCCAGUGGGGCGAUGAGGGUAAAGGUAAGCUCGUGGAUAUCCUUGCCCACCACUUCGAUAUCGUUGCUCGUUGUCAGGGUGGAGCCAACGCUGGGCAUACCAUUUAUAAUGCUGAAGGAAAAAAAUUUGGUCUUCAUCUUGUUCCUUCUGGUAUACUUAACGAGGAUACAUUGUGUGUUAUUGGGAAUGGGGUUGUAGUGCACCUCCCACAGUUUUUUAAAGAAAUUGAUGGCUUAGAAUCCAAUGGGGUCUCCUGCAAGGGAAGAAUACUGAUAUCUGAUCGUGCUCACUUGUUGUUUGAUUUUCACCAAGUAAUUGAUGGACUAAGAGAGGCUGAGCUCGCUAAAUCUUUUAUUGGAACUACCAAGAGAGGCAUUGGACCCUGUUAUUCUAGCAAGGUUAUCCGUAAUGGCAUUAGAGUAAGUGAUUUGAAGUAUAUGGAUACUUUUCCUCAGAAGCUUGAUCUUUUGUUAUCAGAUGCGGCAUUAAGGUUCAAAGAUUUUAACUGUAGCCCGGACGUUCUCAGGGAAGAAGUUGAAAGGUACAAGAGAUAUGCUGAGAGAUUGGAACCCUUCAUUGCCGAUACUGUACAUUUCAUGAAUGAAGCUAUAGGACAAAAGAAGAAGAUUCUUGUUGAAGGGGGUCAGGCAACAAUGUUGGACAUAGAUUUUGGAACUUAUCCCUUUGUAACUUCAUCCAGUCCAUCAGCAGGUGGGAUUUGUACUGGUCUAGGUAUUGCUCCAAGAGUUAUUGGUGAUCUGAUUGGUGUGGUCAAAUCGUACACUACAAGGGUUGGUUCUGGUCCUUUUCCCACUGAAAUCUUGGGUCAGGAGGGUGAUCUCCUUAGAUUUGCUGGGCAGGAGUUUGGCACAACUACUGGUCGUCCUAGACGCUGUGGUUGGCUUGAUGUAGUUGCAUUAAGAUAUUGCUGUCAGAUCAAUGGGUUUUCAUCACUCAAUCUCACCAAACUGGAUGUUUUGUCAGAUUUUGCUGAAAUUAAAUUGGGUGUGUCUUAUAAACACGUUGAUGGUACACAGAUCAAGUCAUUCCCUUCAGAUCUCCGUCUUCUAGACCAAUUGAAGGUGGAGUAUGAGGUACUUCCAGGGUGGAAGUGUGAUGUUUCUUCCAUCAGAAACUAUGCUGAACUUCCAAGAGCUGCACGCCAGUAUGUGGAAAGAAUAGAAGAACUUCUUGGCGUGCCAAUUCACUACAUUGGUGUUGGACCCGGGCGUGAUGCUCUGAUUUAUAAAUAAGUUGGUCAUAAUUUCUCGCCAAUUUCCUAUAUGACUUCCAUGUGCCUAUAGCCACAAGAACAAGACAAAGCUUUUGGCAGUAGACUUGCAACUACUUAUUUCAGCUAACUUUGGAAGAUUUGGACGAGAACUAGCAUGAAGUAAGGAUCAUCUGCUUCAUGUAUUUAUUAUGUUGUCCAUCAGCAAUAACACUUGGACUUGUAUGUUAGAACUUUCUGGUUUGGGUAGCAAUUGUAUGUUGUGGAUGGAGUAUAAGUACCUUCAGUGAUAUUUUUUCCACCAGAAACUAGUGCUUCGAGCUUCAAAGAGCUGCACGCCAUUUUGUGGAAAGGAUUGAAGAACUUGCUGCUGUACCCAUUCAUUACAUUGAUGUUGGGCCUUUAUGUGGUGCCUUCAUUUUUAAAUAAGUUGAAAGCACUUUCUACCCAAAUUUCCAUGUUCCUAUAGCCAAGGGCAAAAGGAAGGCUUCUGGUUGUAACAUUUCAAUUA